AACAAAUAAAACGUGCUCACCAAGGGUUUACAUACAGAUGAGCAAGCGCUUGUUAUUUGAUCUAGAUAAGGCUUACGAUCUCACAGAGUUUCCUGACAACACAUACACAAUUACAGUGGAGUAUAACACAUAUCUACAUACGUUGCUUAAUGCCAAGACAGAGCCACAUUUCUGGGAUAGGAACGGAACUUGGCGAUUCAAGCAAGAAAGGCUUAUCAGAUCCUUGUGGACUGAAACAUCUUGGCGUGCCAAUCCGACUCGUGGCCGUCCCAUUGGUCCCAGUUCUCCGUUCAGGGUCAGGCGCGCAAACUUAUCUUUGUAACCCGCCUUAGUUUCUUUCCCUUGACUCUACUUUGAACCGCGCGUGUUCAUACCGACGUAUCCGGAUCUUGCCUAUCUAGUAAAUAUUCUAAAACCCACAAUGGCCCGGCCCGGGAAAACUCAAUCUACUAUUCCUGAUUCUUCUUCUGCUUCAACGACUACCGCAUCCGCUCCCGUUGCUACCUCCGUACGAGCUAGGAAGAAACAACAGGCCGGUGAAAAACAAGGUGCUGUUAAGUCCGAGACCGGUAACGGCCCGACACCUUCGGAAGACGACCUGGCUAUGCCUUCUUGGGCGACGAGGAAUAAAUGGAUCGUGUUUGCGAUAGCUAGCGGUGCUUGUGCCGCCUUCAACGGCGUCUUCGCUAAACUGACUACGAAUGAGCUCUCUACGCAUAUAGCCCACGGAGUUUCGGGACUCUUGGGACUCACGGACUUGGAAGGAUUUGUUGAGGUUGUUGUUCGCUGUGGAUUCUUCGGCCUCAAUCUAGCGUUCAAUGGAGUUAUGUGGACCCUCUUCACGCAAGCCCUCGCCAAGGGGCAAUCGACGACGCAGGUUUCCAUCAUGAACACAUCCACCAAUUUCGUCAUCACGGCACUUCUCGGCCUAGCUAUUUUCUCUGAGUCCCUGCCGCCUUUGUGGUGGGCUGGCGCUGCCAUGCUUGUUGCGGGGAAUGUUAUUAUAGGCCGCGGGAAGCAGGAAGACGAUGCUGCCGCUACGGAAGCCGCAGUUAACGAAGAUGAAAGAGCCGAGGCGGAGUAUCACGAUGACGUCGAGGUCAGAGAUGAUGGUAAUGAUGACGAUGUGAAUGCCGCAGAGCAAGGCCGGGUUCCUCAGACUGAGGGUGUCUUACCCGUUGAGAAGGACGAUGAGGAUGAGGAUGUUGCGCUUUUGGGUGAUUUGAGUUAAAUCGUGAUAAUAGAAAGGGUACAGAGGGAAUGAUCCCCAUUUGUGUUAUCUCGCCUUUCGGACUACGAUACCCCCGCGUUACAUCUAUAGAACACUUUGGGAUGGAUAGAGUAGAAUUAAGUCUUGGCUUUAGACCAGUGAUUCGGAUGAAUAUUCACGAAAAACACAUAAGCAUGAAUAUGUGAAAUCAAACAUUGUUUAUUAGGCAAAGGUCAUCUCCAUCCCGUGUUGCCGAUGCAGUGGGUAGCGUAAAGAAAAACUACC